AAUCGCACUUCCUAUGUUUUUGACAGCACUAUCCAAUAACACACGAUUGGAGAGUAACUAGAGUUUGAAAUUCCACCACUUGGGAGAAGUAAAGCAAACGUCAAUUGACUUUGCAAAAACCAAAUUUCCCAAAACAAAUCAAGCAGAUAAGAGGAGAAAAAGCCACACUUUUGCGGUGGCGUCACACCAUAUGGAGAGUGAAUUUGUGAGGCGUGAACCGAAAGGAGGGUUUUCCAAAUUGUCACCAAAAAUGGAAAAUCGAAGUUGCCUGUCAGAACGAAGGGAGACGACGUAGUUGCAGGUAAGAGAGACGAUGGGGAGUUUAGUGAUAGUUGAGGCAACGACGACGCUUUAGCCGGAGGGAUUUUGUUGCGUCAUUUAAUGAAGUAAGAGAUGAAGCUCUAGGGUUAUAUUGGACAUUUUGGAUGAAAUAGAAUAGAAAGUGGGGAUGCCAGCUCAUCCCGGGAUUUGCAAGAAGAUUGCACCGUGCCUUUCAGCAUUUUCCUUUAUUUAUUCUUUCACUCCUUUGAUAAUGAAGGAAUUGUUAUGAAAUAGGAGUAUGGCAUAAAUAGAGAGUAUUUAGAUGGUACAAAAAAAAAAAUCAACUAACACAAGAGAGGAGAGUAAAGAAAGAAAACAGAGAGAGAGAGAGAGAGAUUGAGAUGGAGCUCGAGAAUAGUAGAAGAAUGAUUGAUCCAAGAAGUGGGUUCUGCAGCUCCAAUUCAAUCUUCUAUAGUAAGAGAAAACCCCUUCCACUCCCUCCAAACCAUUCCUUAGAUGCCACUACUUUCAUCUCCUCCCGCCCCCAUCAUGGCCGCAUCGCCUUCAUCGACGCCUCCACCGGCCGUCAACUCACUUACCCACAACUCUGGCGAGCAGUAGACGCAGUCACCUCCUCUCUCUCCAACAUGGGAAUCCGUAAGGGUGACGUCAUCCUCCUCCUCUCUCCCAACUCCAUAUACUUCCCUGUGGUGUGUCUCUCCGUCAUCUCCCUCGGCGCCAUCAUCACCACCACCAAUCCCCUCAACACAACACGCGAAAUUGCAAAGCAGAUCGCAGAUUCUAAACCCGUCCUUGCCUUCACAACCCCUCCACUCGUUUCAAAAAUCACAGGAGGAGGAGGAGCAUCAUCGCCCUCACUCCCAAUUAUUCUCAUGGAAACCGAUGGACACUACUCAUCAAACACACUGGAGGAAAUGAUGAAAAAAGAACCCGAUUCGAGUAGGGUGAUGGAGCGAGUCAACCAGGACGACACUGCUACUCUACUCUACUCAUCUGGAACGACCGGGCCAAGCAAAGGAGUAGUAUCUUCGCAAAGAAACCUCAUAGCGCUGGUUCAAAUCGUAUUGGCUAGGUUCAGCCAAUACGAAGAAGAAGAAGAAGAAGAGCAGGGCCAGGGACAAACAUUCAUAUGCACUGUUCCAAUGUUUCAUAUAUACGGUCUUGCAGUGUUCGCUCUGGGGGUACUGGCUUUGGGUUCAACCACAGUUGUUCUCUCCAAGUUCGAAAUGCACGAUAUGCUUUUAUCCAUUGAGAAAUUCAAAGCAUCUUAUCUGCCACUUGUGCCUCCCAUACUGGUGGCUAUGCUGAACAACGCGGAUAUAAUUAAGAGCAAGUACGAUCUGAGUUCCCUUCAGGCAGUGCUCUGUGGAGGGGCUCCUCUGAGCAAAGAGGUUACGGAAGGGUUUAUUGAAAAGUACCCUGACGUUACUAUAUUUCAGGGUUAUGGUCUGACGGAAUCAUCUGGAGUUGGGAGUUCCACUGAAUCUUUGGAAGAGACUCGUAAGUAUGGCACGGCUGGGCUUGUUUCUGCUUCUACGGAGGCUAUGAUUGUUGACACUGAAACUGCUCAACCUUUGCCGGUUAAUCGGACCGGUGAGCUUUGGCUCAGGGGUCCCACCAUUAUGAAAGGUUAUUUCAGUAACGAAGAGGCAACUACAUCAACCCUUACUUCAGAGGGUUGGUUAAAAACAGGGGAUAUUUGCUAUAUUGAUACAGAUGGAUUCUUAUUUGUUGUGGAUCGCUUGAAAGAGCUCAUUAAAUACAAGGGAUAUCAGGUCCCUCCAGCAGAACUAGAGGCUUUGUUGCUGACUCAUCCUUCUGUUUUAGAUGCUGCUGUAAUACCGUAUCCAGAUAAAGAGGCAGGGCAAUAUCCAAUGGCAUAUGUGGUAAGGAAGACCGGAAGUAAUCUUUCAGAAAGCCAAGUUAUGGAUUUUGUUGCAGAGCAGGUGGCUCCGUACAAAAGAAUUCGAAAAGUGGCAUUCAUAUCUUCCGUACCUAAAAAUCCAUCUGGUAAAAUUCUUCGAAAGGAUCUCAUCAAACUUGCAACGUCGAAACUUUGAACAUUUGAGCUUUCAAAUGAUAUGUUUCAUACUUGAUUUUGUUAGACGUCGAAUGCUUUCAACCUUCUGUUUGUUUGGCUACAAAGCUGUCUAUUACAUUUGUAAAUACCAACAAUAUUUUUGUGUGCUUCCUAAUCCUCUUAUGGAGAAUAAAAAUGCUGUGGUUUUGAUUGCUAUGAAAAA